CAAACACAAAAUCGUAAUUAAACUACUAAACUUUAUCCAUCCACCAUCAGCAUUUCCCCAUAUAAACUAAAACCGUUGAAAUUCAUUUUUGUAGAUUUCACACUACCAAAGACUUUCCCGGCAAAACACCAGAGCUCUGCCUCGAUGUCGAAAACACCCUCAAACCCUUAUCAAAUUUUCAAAUUAUACCCUCCCUGUGUUCUUCUCCUUCUUCUCUUCCUCAAUGUCACAGUAGCUUCUGAUGAAGAACAAUCAAUCUUACUGAAACUCAAACAACAAUGGAAAGACCCACCAUCUCUUGAUUCCUGGAAAACUUCAUCUUCAUCUUCUUCAGCUCAUUGUGAGGAUUGGGAAGGAGUCUAUUGUGAUGAAAAUAACUCUGUAACAAGUAUUAUACUUGUUGAGAAAAAUAUCACUGAAAAAAUCCCAUCUUUUCUCUGCGAUUUGAAAAAUCUUACUGAAAUUGACUUUUCAUUGAAUUAUAUUCCUGGAAAUUUCCCAGAUUUUCUUCUUCGAAAUUGUACUAAUUUGGUAAAGCUGGAUCUUUCUCAGAAUUGGUUGGUUGGUCAAAUUCCUUCUGAUAUUGAUAGGUUACUUGUUCUUGAAGAGUUGAAUCUUGGUGCAAACAAUUUCACCGGCGAUAUUCCAAAAUCAAUUGGGAAAAUCUCAGGGUUAAAGACACUUUCACUUCAUAUGAAUCUUCUCGAUGGAUUAAUUCCAGAAGAAAUAGGUAAUCUUUCUAACUUAGAAUUUCUGGGUUUAGCUUAUAAUCCAUUUUCAGAGUGGAAAAUUCCAUUGGGUUUUGGUAAAUUGAAGAAAUUAAAGGAAUUCUGGGCUGCGGAUGUGAAACUAAUUGGAGAAAUUCCUGACACUGUUGGUGAUUUAAUUGAUCUUGAAACAUUAGAUCUUAGUACUAAUCAACUGGAUGGAAAAAUACCUGAUCAGUUAUUUUUGCUCAAGAACUUAUCUAAUUUAUAUCUCUAUGACAAUAAAUUAUCCGGUGAAAUACCUGUGAAGAUGGAGUGUUUAAAUUUAGUUGAUAUUGAUAUAUCGAUGAAUCAGUUGACCGGAACAUUACCGCAUGAUCUCGGGAAGUUGAAGAAGCUGGUGCACUUAUUGUUAUAUCGUAAUCAAUUGUCGGGAGAAGUUCCGGCUAGUAUCGGAAAGCUUCCAUCUUUGAAACAAAUACGGCUUUUCACAAACAAACUUAAUGGAAGUUUACCGGAAGAUAUGGGUUUGUUUGCGAAGCUUGAAGCUCUUGAAGUGGCAGAAAAUGAGCUGACAGGAAACUUGCCGGAGAAUCUUUGUGCUGGUGGUGAAUUGAUUGGAAUUUCUGCUUACGUGAAUAAUUUCAGUGGAGGGGUAUCAAAAGUACUGGAGAAGUGCAAUAGUUUGACGGUGCUUCAGCUGUAUGGGAAUAGAUUUGCUGGGGAAUUUCCUGCUGGUAUUUGGUCGCUGAAGAAUUUGUCUAUCGUAAUGAUAAGCGACAAUUUGUUUACAGGUACUCUACCUGAUGAGUUUGCUGCCAACUUAACUCGAGUUGAAAUUAGUAAUAACAUGUUUUCAGGUGGUAUUCCGAAAGAAAUGUCGCAGUCGAUGAAUCUAGCUGUGUUCAAGGCGAAGAACAAUCGAUUAUCUGGUGAGAUUCCUGGAAAAUUAACUGGACUCUCUAAGCUGCUUACUUUAUCACUUGAAGGAAAUCAACUUUCAGGUCCAAUUCCAUCUCACAUAAUCUCUUGGAGUGCUCUCAUUUUCUUAAACCUCUCACAGAAUCAUCUGUCCGGCGAAAUUCCUGAAGCUAUUGGCCAACUUCCUAGUCUCAUUGAACUUGAUUUGUCAGAAAAUCUUCUGUCAGGUGAAAUUCCAUUAGAAAUUGGCCAGUUAAAUCCUACCUUUCUCAAUCUCUCGUCUAACCGCCUCACUGGGAGAAUACCGUUCCAAGUUGAUAACUUUGCAUUUGACAAAAGCUUCUUAAACAACUCAGGCCUUUGUGGUCAUAACCUCGAACCAAUUGUCCCCUCUUGCAUUUCAAAACCAUACCAAAAUCCUAACAAGUCAUCUUCUAAGGUGCUAAUAGUGGUCUUGAUCAUUACAGCAGUGAUUUGUCUUGGUGUUGUAUCAUUCGGUUUGUUUGCGUUCAGAGACUUCAGAAGGAAACGGAACGAAAGAGAUAUUUCUACUUGGAAACUAACUUCUUUCCACAGGUUACAGUUCACAGAAUCAGACAUCCUGUCAAGCUUGACUGAGAACAAUAUGAUUGGUAGUGGUGGUUCCGGGAAGGUUUAUCGAGUUGAUAUUAGUGGUAUAGAGGAAUCUGUUGCUGUUAAGAAAAUAUUUAACAAAGGGAAGUUGGAUAAACAGCUCGAAAAGGAGUUCCAAGCAGAGGUUCAAAUCUUGGGUACAAUUCGACAUUUGAACAUAGUGAAAUUACUAUGUUGUGUUGCUUGUGAUAACUCGAUGCUCCUUGUUUAUGAAUACAUGGAGAAUCGAAGUUUGGAUCAAUGGCUUCAUGCAAAGAAGAGAGGAUUCUCGAACUCCGGUUCAGCACGUCGUGCUGCAUUGGAUUGGCCUACCAGGUUACAAAUUGCGAUUGGAGCUGCUCAAGGGCUUUGCUAUAUGCAUGAUAGCUGUUCUCCUGCGAUCAUUCACCGCGAUGUGAAAUCCAGUAAUAUCUUGUUAGAUCACGAGUUCCGAGCAAAAAUUGCUGAUUUUGGAUUAGCCAAGUUGUUGGACAAGCAUGGAGAGCCUCAAACAAUGUCUGCAAUGGCAGGUUCUUUUGGAUAUUUCGCUCCCGAAUACGGCUACACAAGGAAAGUGAAUGAAAAGGUUGAUGUCUAUAGCUUCGGCGUGGUGCUUCUUGAGCUUGCAACUGGAAGGGAAGCCAAUAGAGCAGAUGAACAUAUGGGCCUAGUAGAAUGGGCGAGGUGUCAGUUUGAUGAGGGAAAAUCUAUUACUGAUGCCUUUGACGAAGAGAUCAAGGAGCCUUGUUACUUGGAUGAAAUCAGUUCUGUUUUCAAACUUGGUCUUGUUUGUACUGGCACGUCGCCUUCAACCAGACCUACAAUGAACGAGGUUUUGGAAAUCCUGCUCCAGUGUGGACCUCAACAGGGAUUUCAUGGAGUUAAGAACACAAUGAAGACUGAAGAAGAUGUUAACCCCCUCCUUGUCGAUGAACGUAAUCUUUUUAACCACAAGGGCAGCAAGGGAAGCAGACGGUCAGUGAGGCAUUCGGACGACUGUGAUGAUAGCUUGGUGUGUAAUAACGUGUGACAAUCUGUAAUGUUACAUUGUUAGGUUUUAACAUUUAGAGUGUUGCAUUGCUAAAUCUUAGCUCAAGGCAUUAACAUGCACAGCAGACCGGGGUUCUCCAUACGUAAAGCGAAGACCUGCUGGUGUUUGUACCGAAGCAUUGUACAUUUUUUAUGCGAACCAGCUCCGAGCAGGGUCUCUCAUAAGCCCUAAAUGGUGCGUAGUGGUUCGUCAUUUAUGACUACGCAGGUUGCAACAAUGAUUCUGGUUUAGCACACAAGUAACUGUGCAAGUAUCGGCGAGCUUCAUUUGCUAGAGUGGUUUUCACAAGUGAUUCCCCUUGUGAAUUAUGGAUCACGUAAUAUAUAUCCACGGAAUAAGGUUAUUUUAUUUCACUAGUGUGAGCCAUAUGCACUGGUACAAGUUGUAUUCAGGAAGUCUAGAUUUUGAAUGUGAAAUACACAAACUUUUCUCA